AUGGCAGCUUCCGGAUGCAGAGCGGUGAGGGAUGUGGUAGGCCAGGAAGGAGAGGUGGCAGUGGAAGAGGCAGCCAACAUAGAGCCCAUGCAGAACCAUGGCUCUGUGCUGCCCAGGCAGCUUCCCAGGCCAGCCAUGCAGGCAACUGACUCCUCUGGGAGCUAUGAGAACACAGUACCCCCUUCUCUUUGGUUCCAAGGACGGCCAAGGCUUAUCAAAACCCCCCCAUACAGUCCACCCACCCUUCACUUUCAGUUGUCUCAUGUAUAUAAAGACAACCAUCAAGACCAUACCCAACCAACCGUCUCAGGCUGUAGUCCCUCCCAGCCCAGCCCCUUGCAAUCGAUGCCAGAGAACAUGGCAGAGUGUACGACCACCAACUCAUACCUGAUGAUGCAAGGGAGAAAGACCCCGGUAGAGUACACAUCCUGCAACAAACGGAAACAAAUGAGAAGACCACGUGUAAUGAAAAGAUUGCCAAUUCGGAGAGCACCUCGAGCCAUUCCAGAUCCAGUGCCUGAGCGAAAAAAAACAACUCCCGUUAAUCUUGCAUACACAGUUCGAAAAUCACACGUGGUCAAUAGUGUCCACACGCGGCCAUAUAGGGACAGGGUGAUUCACUUAUUGGCACUGAAGAACUACAAGAAACACGAACUACUUGUUCGACUUCAGAAAGAUGGCAUCGCCUCAGGUGACAACAACUCCCUUGGAAAAAUUCUGCAACAAGUAGCCCAUCUGAAUACUCAGGAUCUUUCAUAUUCCUUAAAUGAUUAUGUUUUUAAAGAGCUCCAAAGAGACUGGCCUGGAUACAGUGAGCUAGACAGGCAGUCAUUGGACUUAGUGCUUUCCAGAAAAGUAGGUCCAUUUCAGAAUGCUACUGGCACCAACCACCCAGAAUCUUCUAUAGGUUCUAGUGUGGAUAAAACAUCAUCCCCUUCUCAGGAACAGCUUUUCAAUUCAGCUGUUAUUGAUUAUUCAAAGAAGAAAAAAGUUAGAAUAUCUCACCUGGCAACUAAAGUACAGUCAACAUCACAUGGUCGUUGGAAUAACACCAGUGAAAAAUCUGCUGUGGGCCACCCACCACCCUCUGAAGCUGCUGCCAAUCUCAGCUCUCCCCUAUUGCCCACAAUCUGCUUUCCUGUUUCAAAUCCUCCUCAGCCUGUCUACUCUAACUGCCGCUCUUGUAGAAUUGCAGAAGGACCCAAGACUCAAGCCCCAUAUGUUGACAGUUUUAGUCAGAACAGUAGAAUCUCUGAGCAUCAGCAAUGUAAACAUACUUCUUUGCCAUUGUCCUCUAUUUCAAUUCAAAUGAAGUGUCCGAAGCUCAUGGAGAAAAAACAUUUGAUGUCUGAUGAGAAGUUCAAAUACAAACUUAUGGAACAUAAAGCCAAGAACCAAGAGUACAAUAACAAUAUUGAGAUUAUGGAGAAUCAGACUACACAUGGUGAAAGACAAGGUGAAGGUACAAAACCAAAUUCAAGUGGAGACAUGAAAAAGGUUUGCACUCCCUCUGGGAAGACUUGUUCGACAUCUGCACUUCUAGAUUAUGUGACUGACUACGUCACUAUAGUUUCCUCUGAGCAGCGUCAGCGUUAUGAGCAGGAAUUCAGAGUAGACUAUGAGGAGUAUAAGGCCUUGUACGCCAAGAUACAGACUUUAUGUAACAUACUUACUUACCUAAAUUCAAAAAGGAAGCACCUUUCUCCAGACUCAAAAGAAUAUCAGGAUAUUAAUAAAAGAAUCUCGCUAGAAUAUCAGAAGAUGAAAGAGAAGAAUCCUAGUUACUGUAGAGAAAAACGUAGAUGUCAAUAUCUUUACGACAAGCUGAUUCACAUUAAAAACUUGAUAGAUAAUUAUGACCAGCAGUGA